AUGGCUUGCGACGAUCAAAGCCGGCGGUUUUUCGUGGCGGUUCACGUCGGUGCCGGAUACCACGCGGCGUCUAACGAGAAAGCUCUAAGAUCCGUCAUCAGACGUGCUUGCUUAGCCGCCUCCACUAUACUUCGCCAGGAUUGUGGUGGGUGCAUAGAUGCUGUUUCAGCCGCCAUUCAAGUCCUCGAGGAUGAUCCGAGCACAAAUGCUGGUAGAGGCUCUAAUCUGACAGAAGAUGGUCAUGUGGAAUGUGAUGCUAGUCUCAUGGAUGGUCAUUCUGGUAUCUUUGGUGCUGUUGGUGCUGUUCCAGGUGUCAGAAAUGCCAUCAAGAUUGCUGCUUUGUUGGUGAAGGAGCAGAUGAGUGGCUCAAGCUUAUUAGGCCGUAUUCCUCCUAUGAUGUUGGUUGGUGAAGGAGCUCGACGUUGGGCCCAAUCCAAACAUGUUGUCUUGCCUGAAACGGUCACAGAAGCUGACCAGUGGCUGGUUACAGAGAGAGCAAGAAAUCAGUGGAGAAAGUUUAAGAAUAUGCUUUCAGCGGUAGAGGCAAAGAAUAACCUUUCUUCUGGAGAACGACGAAGAGAAACUGAGAAGAAUGGAACUUGUGAGGAAAGACCUUUACCGUGCGCAGCAGUAGAUGAAGAUAAGAUCAUGGAUACUGUUGGCGUUAUUUGUGUUGAUAGUGAAGGACGUAUUGCUUGUGGAUCCUCAAGUGGUGGUAUUGCAAUGAAGAUUAGUGGGCGCGUAGGUCUAGCAGCAACUUACGGUUCUGGUUGUUGGGCAUCCUCUAAAGGACUCUUUGGAGCUCCAUUUAUAGUUGGUUGUUGUGUGUCUGGAGCUGGAGAGUAUCUUAUGAGAGGAUUUGCGGCUAGGGAAUGUUGUACUUCGUUAUCACUUUCACAGGCUGGUCCAGCAUCUGCCGCCAUGAAGGUUUUACGUUCUGUCAUGCAGCAAGAGGGCUCAGAGAGUGGAGUUACUGACAAAACUGGUGGAAUUCUAGUAGUUCAAGCAGAUACUUCUGUAGCUGUCCCUGGAGAUAGGCCGGAGCUAAAUUCUGUGGAGAUAGCUGCUGCGUACUCGUCACUGUCUUUUGGCAUAGGAUACUAUGGGAACUCGACAACUAAGCCAAAGAUUUCGAUUCUCAGGAAGAAGAGAGGGGAGAAUGAAGGUGGAAUAGAUCAUUUUGAAGCCGGGAUUGAUCUCCGUACAAGCUGUUUCUGA